AUGUCAUCUGAAAAAUUAAUAACAGUAGAAGAAUUACAAUCAAAUCUUCUUAAUGCUUAUCAUGAAGAAUUUCCAAAUGAUGAACCAACUAUAUGUGCAUUUGCACCUGGUCGAGUAAAUUUAAUUGGUGAACAUUCUGAUUAUAAUAAUGGUUUUGUUUUUCCAAUGGCUAUAUCAGUUGGUACAAUGAUUAUGGGAAAAGCAUUAGAUGAUCAAGAAAAUAAGAAAUGCUAUUUUCGUACAUUAGCUCAGGAUCUCAAAGAAUCUAAAUCAUUUGAAUUGGAUUUAAUGGAACCAAUAACACGAUUAGAAUCACCUAAAUGGGGAAAUUAUGUUGUUGGUGUUCUUGCUUUAUUUUUAGAACGUAUUAAAGCAAAUAAAAAAAAACCAUUCCGUGCACUUAUAUCAACAUCAGUACCUAUUGGUGGUGGUCUUAGUUCAUCAGCAUCAAUUGAAGUAGCAAUGUGUACAUUUCUUGAAAUACUUUAUCAAGAUGAAUAUGCACAUGAUUUACAAUUAACGAAUAUUGAAAAAGCUUUAUUAUGUUGUAAAGCUGAACAAACAUAUGCAAAUGUACCAUGUGGAAUUAUGGAUCAAUAUACAUCAUGUUUAGCUAAAGCUGAUAAUGCUAUAUUAAUUGAUUGUCAAAAUAAUACUUCAAGAUAUGUUUUAUUUAAUGAUAAAAGUUUAUGUAUAUUAGUAACGAAUUCAAAUGUCAAACAUGAAUUAGUUUCAGGAAAAUUUGCUGAAAAUGUUGGACAUUGCCAAUAUGCUGCUAAAAUUUUAGGUCAUAAUACUUUACGUGAUGUUGCAUCAAUUGAUGAACUCGAACAAGCACAUGAUAAAAUGUCACCAAUUACAUAUCGCCGUGCGCAUCAUGUUAUAACUGAAAUUCAACGUACACAAGCUGGUGCACAAGCUUUAGAAAAUGAAGAUUAUAAUGAAUUUGGUCGUCUGAUGUAUGAAAGUCAUGAAUCAUUACGUACAUAUUUUGAGGUAUCCUGUGCUGAAUUAGAUCAACUUGUUGACUUAGCACGUUCAGUUGAUGGUGUUUUUGGUUCUCGAAUGACUGGUGCUGGUUUUGGUGGUUGUACAGUAACAUUAGUCAAAAAAUCAUCUGUUGAAAAAUGUAUGGAAACAAUUAAGAACAAUUACAAAGGUAAAGCAAGUUUUUAUCAAUUUGAACCAAGUGAUGGCGCUCGUUCCAUUGAUAUAAAAAAGCCGAAUGAUAAAUAA